CCGUGAGCGCGUAGUACCCUUAAAAAAAAGAAUCGAUGGUUGUUAUUGAAGGGGGAGCUGUUGGGUGGAGGAGAGUGCAGCGUUUGCUCGGCCAGACGAUGCUCCCCUCCGUCCUCUCAAAAUCAACAACCCCGGCGUCUCCAGCCCGCCUCCAACGCCUACUCCCCUCUUCGCUGCACACGACCACCCCUCUCCCGCCCGCCGCCAUCGGAGCACCGUCUGCACCUCCAAGCGGCGCCCCCCAUCUCUUCUCCACGCGGCCUUCGUGCGACUACUACGCCGCCACCCUCCGAUCCUGCGUCGCUGCCCGAGCCGUCCGGCCCGGCCGGCAGCUCCACGCCAGGCUCAUCGUGUCCGGCCUCAGCCUCGACGCGGCCCUAUCCACCAGGCUCGUGGACCUCUACGCGUCCUGCGGCCAUGUGUCACACGCGCGCAGCCUGUUCGACGGAAUGCCCAAGGAGAACGUGUUCCUGUGGAACGUGCUCAUCCGGGCGUACGCGCGAGAGGGGCCCCGCGAGGCGGCCCUCCAGCUGUACCGCGCGAUGCUGGCCCACGGCGGCGUGGAGCCGGACAACUUCACGUACCCGCCGGUGCUCAAGGCGUGCGCCGCGCUCCUGGACCUGGGCACCGGGCGGGAGGUGCACCAGCGCGUCGCGCGCACGCGGUGGGCGGCGGACGUGUUCGUGCGCGCGGGGCUCGUCGACAUGUACGCCAAGUGCGGGUGUGUUGACGAGGCUCGGGCCGUGUUCGAUGGGACCGCGGUGAGAGACGCUGUGGUGUGGAACUCAAUGAUCACCGCGUGUGGGCAGAACGGGCGACCCAUGGAGGCGCUCUCUCUGUGCCGUGACAUGGCAGCUGAAGGUGUUGGGCCGACGAUCGCUACGCUGGUGAGCGCGGUUUCAGCUGCAGCUGAUGCGGCUGCCCUGCCUAGAGGGAGGGAGCUGCAUGGGUAUGGCUGGAGGAGAGGGUUCGGGUUACAUGACAAGCUGAAAACGUCCCUUCUUGACAUGUAUGCCAAGAGCGGUUUGGUUAGGAUGGCUCGUGUUCUCUUUGAGCAACUCAUGCAUAGGGAACUUGUUUCUUGGAAUGCCAUGAUCUGCGGAUACGGGAUGCAUGGCCACGCCGACAAAGCGCUUGGACUGCUUAGCAAAAUGAGGAGUGAGGCUGAAGUGAUGCCUGAUAAUAUCACUUUUGUUGGGGUCCUAUCUGCUUGUAACCAUGGAGGGAUGGUAGAAGAAGCAAAAGAAUUCUUCGAUUUGAUGGUGAAUGUGUAUUCCAUUAAGCCAACAGUGCAGCAUUACACUUGCCUUGUAGAUGUUCUUGGUCACUCUGGUAGGUUCAAAGAAGCUUAUGAUCUUAUUAAAGGGAUGUCAGUAGAACCAGAUUCAGGGAUAUGGGGUGCACUGCUUAAUGGUUGUAAGAUCCACAAAAAUGUUGAACUAGGUGAAUUAGCCUUGCAGAAGUUGAUUGAGAUGGAGCCUGAAGAUGCUGGUAAUUAUGUGCUUCUAUCAAAUAUCUAUGCUCAGUCUGGGAAAUGGGAAGAAGCUGCAACGGUGAGGAAGCUGAUGACCAAUAGAGGCCUGAAAAAGAUUACUGCUUGCAGCUGGAUCGAAUUGAAAGGGAAAUCUCAUGGGUUUCUUGUUGGGGAUGCUUCUCAUCCUAGAUCGGGUGAAAUAUAUGCAGAGUUGGAGAGAUUGGAAGGUCUGAUGAGUCAAGCGGGCUAUGUGCCUGACACCAGGCCAGUUUUCCACAAUGUGGAAGAUGAUGAAAAGAGGAACAUGGUAAGGAGUCACAGUGAGAGGCUGGCCAUUGCAUUUGGGCUCAUUAGUACACCUCCUGGGACAAAGCUUCUCGUGACAAAAAAUCUUCGUGUUUGUGAGGACUGUCAUGUUGUCAUCAAGUUGAUUUCACAGAUUGUGCAGCGUGAAAUCAUCAUAAGAGAUGUUAACCGCUACCAUCAUUUUGUAAAUGGUGAAUGCUCCUGCAAAGAUCAUUGGUAACUUAUGUCUAAGACUUCAUUGAUCUCGUAGGAUCUUCUAGCCUAAUGAACAUGAACAUCUAAUUUCAUAAGUAAAUCAUCAUUGGCCAGAUUAGGAGGUGCCUCUUAGGCCGCUGAUGACCCUGUGCCUGCGUGAUGCAGGCGCAUUGAUGGAGAAGGUCGAUGUAGUUGUGAUGUCGGUGUAGGCUCAUGGAUUCUGAUCACGCACGCGCGUUGAUGGCGAAGGUCGAUGUAGUUGUGAUGUCGGUGUAGACUUAUGGAUUCCGAGCUCCUCUUGGCACUGGCAUCGUAGAGGUUCUGUAAUGGAGGUUGUCGAUCUUUAAGUCAUUGUCCAAGCUCUCAUAGAUCGGUAGGAUUAGGGUGUAGUGCUUAUCGCUUUCACUCUUG